AUGGCCACCGACGAGCUGGCCAGCAAGCUGAGCCGCCGCCUCCAGGUCGGGGAGCACAAUGGCGAGGAGGCGGCGGCGGCGGCCGAGCAGGAGCCCGAGCCGCCGGCUCCCCCCGCCGCGGAGCCCGCCUUGGACAGCGGGGCGGGCGGCGAGCUGAGCGCCAAGCUGCAGCGGCGCUCCGAGCUCAACCAAGGCGGCGACCAGACGCAGCUCUCGCCGGGCAGCGGCCACAAGGUCUUCAGCCCCUACACCGAGUUCCGCGAGUUCUCCCGGAGGCAGAUCAAGGACAUGGAGCAGCUUUUCCGCCAGUAUGACGCGGGGAAAGACGGUUUCAUUGACCUGAUGGAACUGAAGCGUAUGAUGGAGAAGCUCGGAGCGCCGCAGACUCACCUGGGGUUGAAAAACAUGAUCAAGGAGGUAGAUGAAGACUUUGAUGGCAAACUGAGCUUCCGAGAGUUCCUCCUGAUUUUCCGCAAAGCCGCCGCAGGGGAACUGGAGGAGGACAGCGGCCUCCACGCCUUAGCCCGCCUGUCGGAGAUCGAUGUCUCAACGGAGGGUGUCAAAGGAGCCAAAAGCUUUUUCGAAGCCAAAGUGCAAGCCAUAAAUGUCACCAGCCGCUUCGAAGAGGAGAUCAAAGCCGAGCAAGAAGAAAAGAAGCGGCAGGCGGAGGAGAUGAAGCAGCGGAAAGCCGCCUUCAAAGAACUGCAGUCAGCGUUCAAGCAGUGACGGGCCCAGGAGGGGCACUGCUGGGCAAGGGGGGGGGGGGCUACAUGUGUCACCCGAGCGGUCCCGGCAGAAUGAUCUCGAGUUGCUAACGGUCGAGGGAUCCCCUGCUUUGUGAACCAGUCCCUCUUUCCUGUGCCUUUCGCAACAGCUUGGUUUGCAGAAGCCCCACAAUCUCCCAUUCGAUCUGCCAUUCCACCACCACCCCCUAAUGUGAACGACUUUGCCGGCCAGUUUUUCUGCAGGCCAAGCUUACGCAAGAAGGCACAGGAGUGGGGUCAAGCUGGGUUUUUCUCAUUCUGGUUAAUUGGCAGCUCCUAGACAGCAGUGCAGGCCAAUUUCGGAAAUAGGGCCUUCCGUAGCUUUUGAAACCUGAAGCCCUUUGGGCUGCACAAACGGGCCUCGUGUACGGCAGCGGUUCCCCGCGACCUGUAAAUACCGCACGCAGAAAUCCUAGAGCCCGCCCUCAUCCGCGUUGCCCGGAUCUGUGUUUUCUUGUGAAUUGACGUGUCUCAAUGUUGGUGGGCGUUCUCUUUAACUCUUUGUAACCGCUUGGUGCGUCCCGAGCCUGGCCCGUUGCACGUUCGACUUGUGAAUCAUUUCAUAUCCCAGCCGGAAGGGUGAGAGCCGGGGUCGUGGGCCGUGGAACCGGCAGGGCCCGGGGGGGGGGUACCCUUGCUCGGGUGGCGAGGGCGCUUGUGCAAAACUGCCUCUUGCCGCUUUGGCGUGCGCAAUCUGCAUUGGAACGAUGCAUCGAUUGGUCACUUUAAAAGUCCCUUUGCUUGAAGCUUUGCCAAAAAUAGAAAACGUUAAAGCUACCCGAGGUAGCAAAGCGAGUAGCCCAGGGGGUCAGGAACACCUCGGUUCCUCUCCAAAACUCUUUCUCUGAGUCUUUUUUCCCCCCUGAGUAUUCUUGACUGUCCACCACUGCCCUGAUGUAGAACAGAAAUUAUGCCCUCUUCACCCGCAUCCUUUCAAAACCAGCUUAAGUUCAUUUGCUUCCCUUUACCCCAGCAUCUGUUUUUAAUGCCAGGAAGCAAUCAGGCCACCUCCCCCACAAUUGCCUGGGUUCCCUUGCAGUUCAGUUGCCCUAGACCAGAGGUGUCAAACUAAUUUGCUAUG